AUGGCUCGCUAUCUGCACGCAGUCAGCCAAAUCUUGGUGACAGCACUAACCAUCAUCAUCCCCUUCGCCUUCGCAGACCUCACCACCACCAUCGACCCAUCCUCCAACUGGGGAACUUGGGAAGGAUGGGGCACCUCGCUCACCUGGUGGGCAGCCGCCUUUGGCACGCGUGACGACCUGGCCAACAUCUUCUUCACUUCCCAAACCGUGACCCUCAACGGUGUCUCCCUUCCCGGGCUCGACUUCAACAUCGCGCGCUACAACGCCGGCGCUUCCAGCUGGAACACCAUUAACGGCACCACCAAGAUGGUCGUCUCGCCCAAAAUGAUUCCCUCGCGGCAGAUCAAAGGGUUCUGGAUGGACUGGGCCUCUACAUCCCCGUCCUCAUCCAGUUGGAACUGGUCCGCCGACUUGGCCCAGCGCGCCAUGCUCUCCAUAGCGCGGGCCCGCAGCGCCAACAUCCUGGAACUCUUCUCCAAUUCGCCCAUGUGGUGGAUGUGCAAGAACCACAACCCUUUCAGCUCCGACGACGGCAGCUUCGACAACCUGCAGAGUUGGAACUACCAGAGCCACGCCGUCUACAUGGCCACGGUGGCCAAGUACUUUUCCGACACCUGGUCGACCAAGUUCUCUUCGGUCGACCCCUUCAACGAGCCCACCGCCACCUGGUGGAACGGCAAGACUGGCACCCAGGAAGGCUGCCACUUUGACGUGUCCACGCAAGCCGCCGUCCUCAACCACCUGCGCACCGAGCUCGACUCGCGCGGCUUGACGAGAGCUACUACGACCAAGCAGCCAAACACCCUGCAAAACCUGGGCUCGACCGCCCUUGCCAAGAUCGCCUGCGUCAACGUCCACGGCUACCAGUACGGUUCUGGCCGGCGCGACUCCGUCCGCAGCCUGGCAACACAAUAUAACAAGAAACUCUGGCAAAGCGAGUACGGCGAAGGCGACGCGACGGGCCACGACCUAGCCAGUAACCUCCUCCUGGACCUGCGCUGGCUAAAGCCGACGGCCUGGGUAUACUGGCAGGUCCUCAACGGGGGCGGAUGGGGACUGAUCGACGCCGACAACGAUAAGAAGACGAUUGCGUACGAUGCGGCCAGCAAAAAGCUGGUCAUUGUUGCCGUCAAUUGGGGGAGUGCGCAGUAUCUCAAUUUUGACCUGGCCAAGUUCAAGACGCCCGGGGUGGAUGGCGCGGUGGUGAAGAGGUGCGCGACGCAGAUUGGGGGGACGAGCGGGAAGAGGUAUGUCGCUUCUAGCGAUACGGCAAUUAGCGGGACGAAGUUUUGGUCGUACUUUGAGAAGGAGAUGGUGCAGACAUUUGAGGUUGAUGGCGUUGUUUUGUGA